UCCCUCGUCAUCAUUUCGCGCCUCUUCCGACCCGAAACUCGACAAGUACUCGUACUCGUACAGUACCAGACAGCAGCACUCAUUCUUAUCCUUCCCAUCGCUAAUUUCCCUUGACUCUCUCUCUUCCAUUCUUCUCCAGACCUUUUUCUCACUUUCGUUUUUUGUCUUUCUCGUCGCAGCGCGAUCUGAACCUACAUCACCACAAUAAUGUCCAGCCAGGAAUACUAUCAGCAGGGCGGAUACCCUCCCCAGCAGGGCGGUUACCCUCCGCAAGGCCAUCCUCAGGGCUAUCCUCAGCAGCCUCCAGCUAGCUACGGUCCUCCCCAGGGCCAAUAUGGUCCCCCUCAGGGUCAAUAUGGUCCUCCUCAGGGUCAAUAUGGUCCUCCUCAGGGCCAAGCUCCCAUGCAGUACGAACAGGCGCCUCCCCCGGAUAACCAGCGCGGUCGCGGCGGUGACCAGGGCUGCCUGAUGGCCUGUAUCGCCGCUCUGUGCUGUUGCUGCGCCGUCGAAGAGGGAUGCGAGUGCUGUAUCGAUAUUUGCGAGUGCUGCUUUUAAACCAACAAUCCACCAAAUCAGACAACUGCGACAAAGAAGGGAAGAGUAAUGUCCCAGCAUGGACGGACAGAAGAAGGCAAAAAAAUAAGAAAAAUCAAGGGGAACACAGAGCCCUCUUUUCUCCCCCCCUUUUUUGUUUUCGGUGUUUGCGCUUAGGAUGGGAGCGCUAGGUUUUACACGAAAUUCAGUCAUAAUAUGUUAUUACUGUCUUUCCGAAAUUGGAAUAAUACGCCGUCCUUUUUUCAUGGGUUUUUUUUUUGUCCUUUCAUACCCCCCUUGUUCUUUUUACAACAGAUCAUGGAGAAAGAUUAGUACCAAAGAGUGACGACUCAAUUAAUUUCUCAUUGUUUUUGUCCUUGUUAAAUUUAUUCUUGUUUUAUAAGAAGCAAAGGGUGGUGAGCGAGUGAGUGUGUAUGUAGAAGAAUGACAAGAGGUUUUUUCAA